AUGUUUGUUGCAUCCCUUGCUUGCUCUUGCACUUAUCCCUCCCUUUUGUUGCGAUCUUUGUGUCCCACAUUUACUUCGUGGUCUUAUCAGCUCAAGCAACUCAACAGAAAGAAGAAUCGCAUUUUGGCAUCCAUCAAUGGUAACAGUGCCUACGAUGUGGGCGGAGGAUAUCCGGAAUUGGAGCAGAAUCAGAAUGGAAAGUUGCAUUCAGACAUGUCUUCUCAACGCGAAGCCCUCCUUAAAGGAGGGGACCAAGUCAUCUCUGUUUUGGAGGAAAUGAUUACCCUUUUGGAAGACAUGAAUAUGGACGAGGAAUCUGAGAAAGUGGCAGUGGAGUUGGCUGCGCAAGGAGUUAUUGGAAAGAGAGUUGAUGAGAUGGAGUCUGAUUUCAUGAUGGCCCUUGACUACAUGAUCCAGCUUGCCGAGAAUGACCAGGAUGAUAAGCGCAAGUCACUGUUGGAAGUUAUCAAAGAGACAGUAUUAUCACAUCUAACCAAAAAAUGUCCACCCCAGGUUCAAGUAAUUGGUCUUCUAUGUAGAACUCCAAAAAAGGAAAGCCGACAUGAAUUGUUGCGCCGAGUUGCAGCUGGUGGCGGUGUAUUUAAAGGCGAAAAUGAGUUGAAGAUUCAUAUCCCAUCGGCAAAUCUAAAUGACAUAGCUAACCAAGCGGAUGAUUUGUUGGAGGCAAUGGAAACUCGUCCUGUUAUCCCAGAUCGAAAACUACUUGCAAGGCUUGUUUUGAUCAGAGAAGAAGCUCGUGAUAUGAUGGGAGGGGGAAUUAUGGACGAAAGAAACCAUCGUGGAUUCUAUACUCUUCCUCAGCCUGAGGUGGACUUCUUAGCCAAAUUGGUAGCUCUAAAACCUGGGAAAAACGUGCUUGAUAUGAUAAGAAAUGUAAUGCAAGGAAAAGAUGAAGGUGCAGACAAAUCUGGCAAUGACAAUGAGGAUGACACUACAAAUGGGGAGCCAGCUGAAUUUCUUGGAAGGCCACUAGUAACGGGAGAGAAGACACUUCCAGUGCGCCCUGGCAUGUUUCUUGAGACUGUCUCCAAGGUCUUGUCUGGUUUAUAUGCUGGAACAGAUUCUGGCAUCACUGCACAACAUUUGGAGUGGGUUCAUCGGAAGACACUUCAAGUGCUUCAGGAGAUAGCAUAUGGCUAGUUCUCUCUCCUUUUUUCUUAUGUGAAUUAUAUAUAUAAGAUCAAGAGUGGCAGACAUCAGAAUUUCUGGACUAUGCUUUGGGCUGUUUGGUUUCUGCCAGCACUUAACCAUCAUUUGAGGUAUUUGUCAUGGUUCUGCUGAUUUUCAAAGUUAAUUUGCAUAUUAGGUGUUCUCUCCCCUUUGAAAGGGUUUAGUGUAAGUUAUCGGCUAAAGAUACACUUAGUGUAAUUUUUUAUUUUAAAAAGGAAAACUAGUGGCAAAGCUUUAUUGGAGAAUUUAAUAUAGUUGUAUAUUCAAGACUUGAACUUAAGAUUAUUGGUUAUACUUAAAUGACAUCAGUUGAUCUA